AUUUUUUUUCUUGAUUUGCUGGUGCUUUUUCUAUUUGUAUGUGUUUUCUGAAGUUGCAGCGCGUCAAGCUCUCUCGGCCACCGUACUUAACUGGUCAAGUCGUAAAAAAUUUGUAACCGGCAUGCACUCCCUGCGUCCCCAUGUGCAUACUAUCCACCCUAUCUGCCCUAAAUAGUAUUGAAAAUUACUAAUUUCACAUGGAAUUUAUGAUGGAUAGUAUGCACAUUGGGACGCAGGCACUGUCAGCCGCCGAUCGGUCUGCGCAGCGCCGCAUGAAGUCGAACGCACCUAAUGAAUCUGUGCGGCACCAAGACCCUGGAGUUCCCCCGUCACGUGACCACCGGAUGACGACAGCUGAUUACGGCGGAAGUGCAACACGAAUACAAACGCGAUGAGCGACGCGGACAGCGAGCGCCUGGACAGUCUGGACGGAUGGGUCGCCGUUAAACGCGACGCCUUCGACGACAGCGAGAGCCACAAACUCAGAUUUAUCGUGGAGUGGAACGAGAUCGAGACGAAGUUCGCGGUGACGUGUCAUAACCGGACGCUGCAGCGGCGCGGCGACGCGAGCGGUAGCUGCGCGGGUCUGUUCUCCAGCGCGCAGCUGACGCACGUGCACGCGCAGCUGAGUGGCGUCCGGGACGAGCUCGGCCCGCUGUUUCCGGAGCUGACGCGCUUCCGGGAGCCGAGACUGUGGGAGCUGCUGUUCUCCAGCGCGCCGCGGAGCGAUGCUGACGCGGCCUGCAGGCAGCUGGAGCGGUACUUGGGCGCCGCGGUGGACGCGUGCGGCCGCAAGAUCGUGCUGGACGCGCUCUUCAGCGUCACUGCGGCGGACGAGCACGAGUACUUCGAAAACCUGCAGGAGUUUAAAUGCAGAGCGAUGCGCGACGAGAUGACGCGCGCCAAAGACACGCUGCUCGCGCUGCUGCAGACUCAUCCCAGCACUGAUGGGCUCCAGCGGCUGAUGAAGAUCUAUGAGGAGGAGGAUGAGACUUACAGGGAAUUAGUGAGUGUGGCGACGCAGUUCUAUCAGAACCUUCUGCAGCCCUUCAGAGACAUGCGAGAGAUCGCCACGCUCUACAAGACGGAGAUUCUGAAAUGUCUGCAGUAUGAGGAGCUGGGGCCGAAGCGUGUGAGUGAACUGGAGGCAGAGAUGAACGAGUGGAGUCAGCGCGGAGGACAGGCUGUUCACUCCAUACAGGACAUCACAGCCGACUACUUCAGAGACACGUCCAGAGCGCUCACAGGUAUGGUGAAACAGAUGGAACAAGAUCAGAAGAGAUUUGGCCACGCCUCUUGGGCAAUGGCCACGCCCAGACAAGAGAAACUCAGAGUCCUAUUGGCUAAAGAGACGCUGCAGUACAUGACAGCCAAAGAGAUGUGCAUCAAACGCAAGAGAGACGAGAUCCGAGAGAAGAUGCAUGCUGUUACGGCGGGCGGCUCGGAGGGCGUCAGUGUCGUCCGUGAGCUGGAGCUGCAGUAUUAUGAGACGCAGCUGGAGAUUCACGACUGCAGGUUUGAGAUCCUGAGAAACGAAGAGCUGCUGUUGCUGACGCAGAUCAAGAGCACACAGCGACAAAUCAAAGAGCUGCAGGAGCAGGUGGUGUAUUAUGACACCUGUGAGGACCCAGAGGAGCUGCAGGAUGUUCAGGUGGAUAUAAGUCCCACCCACUCACACCUGCAGCAGCACCUGAAACAACUGGAGAGCAAACGAGGAGCGAUUUCAUCACGCAGAGCUUACCUGAGGAACCAGCGGGAGUUGUGUGUUCAGGCUCACGAGCAGCAGCAGCGUUCAGUCACGCAGAGAUCCGAGCAGCACCGCCAACACCACUCUGCACAGCUGAAGCGAGAGAGGAGGAGAGCUGAGGAAGAGCAAAUGAAGCAGUGGGUAGAGAACGAGAGGGCAAAAACGCUCAACAGAGUGCGCUGCUUCAGAGAGAGUCAUCAGGGUCAGUACGCUUUACAGACGGCUCAUGUGAAGCCAGUGUCACAUGACUCCAGCAGAGGUGACUCCUCUCAGCCCCUGUCAAUCCUCAGCCUGGGGCCGCAAAACUCCACCCCCCACAGGAAGAGGCGGAGUCAGAAGAAGCGUGACAUACCAGUGCAGAUUCUGCUGCCACCUGGAUCGGCAUCAGCACAGCCAGACCAGACGCUUCCUGCUCCUCCACCUCUACUUCCUCCUAAUCCUCCACCUCUUCUUCCUGCUCCUCCUCCUCCUCUUCCUCCUAAUCCUCCUCCUCCUCUUCCUCCUGCUCCUCCACCUCUUCUUCCUAAUCCUCCUCCUCCUCCUUCCUUUCUUCCUCCUCCUCCUCCUGCUCCUCCUCCUGCCCCGCCCAUCAGUGCAAAGCUGCCCGUCCGAAACACUCUAGAACAAAACUCAGGAUCGAUGGACGAGCUGUUAGCUUCGCUGCAGCGUGGACAGAAACAGCUGCGGAAGGUCACGGUCAGCGCAGAGAGCGGCGAUGCCAGGAACAGCCUGCUGUCAGCCAUCCGUCAGGGCGUGACCCUGAAGAAAGUCCCGCCCUCCAGCGGCCCGAUGCACAGCUCCGACUCAGAGCUCGAGCGAAGCAUCAAAGCCGCCAUGAUGAGGAUGAAGAAGGUGUCUAAUGACUCCGAUGAUGAAGAGCCAUCUGGAGACUGGGAGAGUUAAAUUCAAUGCUGCUGCUGGUGGACUGACGGCUGUGAACCCAACGUCGAUUCAGCCGCCAUUAAGGAUAGUCAUGCCUCUAACUUCCUUUGCCAGACUUUGGGUUUUUGCACUGAAAUGUCUGGUCGUAGGAUUAUCUAAGUAAUUUUCCAUGAAAAUACAACCAAUUACACUGAACACUAGAAAUGUAAGAAUAACAUCUGUGACCCUGCUUUGAUUUGAGAAAGCUUUCAUUAAAGUGCCUGAUCAGGA